AUGGUGCCGCCGCCAAGAAAGCUGACCGGUCGCCUCUUGCUGGCUGUGGGAGGGGCAGUACUCGGCUCCCUGCAGUUUGGUUACAAUACUGGGGUCAUCAAUGCCCCCCAGAAGGUGAUCGAGGAGUUCUACAACCAGACAUGGCUGCACCGCUACAACGAGCCCAUCCUGCCCGCCACGCUCACCACGCUCUGGUCCCUCUCCGUGGCCAUCUUCUCCGUGGGCGGCAUGAUCGGCUCCUUCUCCGUGGGCCUCUUUGUUAACCGCUUUGGCCGGCGGAAUUCCAUGCUGAUGAUCAACCUACUGGCCUUCUUGUCCUCCCUGCUCAUGGGCUUCUCAAAGCUGGGCAAGUCCUUCGAGAUGCUGAUCCUGGGUCGGUUCAUCAUCGGGGUGUACAGUGGCCUGACCACGGGCUUUGUGCCCAUGUAUGUGGGGGAGGUGUCCCCCACCGCCCUCCGCGGGGCCCUGGGCACCCUGCACCAGCUGGGCAUCGUCGUCGGCAUCCUCAUCGCCCAGGUGUUCGGCCUGGACUCCAUCAUGGGCAACCAGGAGCUGUGGCCCCUGCUACUGAGCAUCAUCUUCCUCCCGGCCUUGAUCCAGUGCAUCCUGCUGCCCUUCUGCCCCGAGAGUCCUCGCUUCCUGCUCAUCAACCGCAACGAGGAGAACCGGGCCAAGAGUGUACUGAAGAAGCUGCGCGGGACGGCGGACGUGUCCCGGGACCUGCAGGAGAUGAAGGAAGAGAGCCGGCAGAUGCUCCGGGAGAAGAAGGUCACCAUCCUGGAGCUGUUCCGCUCCGCCGCCUACCGCCAGCCCAUCCUCAUCGCCGUGGUGCUGCAGCUGUCCCAGCAGCUGUCGGGCAUCAAUGCCGUCUUCUACUACUCCACCAGCAUCUUUGAGAAGGCAGGCGUGCAACAGCCCGUGUAUGCCACCAUCGGCUCUGGCAUUGUCAACACAGCCUUCACUGUCGUCUCGCUGUUCGUGGUGGAGCGAGCCGGCCGGCGGACCCUGCACCUCAUCGGCUUGGCUGGCAUGGCCGGCUGUGCUGUGCUCAUGACCAUCGCCCUGGCACUGCUGGAGCAGCUGCCCUGGAUGUCCUAUCUGAGCAUCGUGGCCAUCUUCGGCUUCGUGGCCUUCUUUGAAGUGGGUCCUGGCCCCAUCCCGUGGUUUAUUGUAGCUGAGCUCUUCAGUCAGGGUCCCCGUCCAGCUGCUAUUGCCGUUGCUGGCUUCUCCAACUGGACCUCGAAUUUCAUUGUGGGCAUGUGCUUCCAGUACGUGGAGCAACUGUGUGGCCCCUACGUUUUCAUCAUCUUCACCGUGCUCCUGGUCCUGUUCUUCAUCUUCACCUACUUCAAAGUUCCUGAGACUAAGGGCCGCACCUUUGAUGAGAUUGCUUCUGGAUUCCGCCAGGGGGGCGCCAGUCAAAGCGACAAGACCCCAGAGGAGCUCUUCCACCCGCUGGGGGCCGACUCCCAAGUGUGAGGCAGUCAGCCCCGCGGCCCGGCCUGCUCCCAGCAGCCUCCAGGGUUCCUCUGAGCAAAGGCAGCUGGACCAGACCACCACACUGACAGCGGUCAGCAGAGCCCCGGGCCUGGGACGGCUUCCUUCCUUCAGCAGUGAUAACAGAAGAAUAUUCAGGAUUUUCAUGGUUCCAGGAUUUUCACACAAGCAAGACUGUUGCUCCGUCUCGUCAGUCAAGCAACAGCUUUUAUAUAUUUUUUAUUACUGAUUUUAUUAUUUUUUUAUCAGCCAGAGUUUCCUCUACCCCACACCCCCUGCUUCACCCUGAAUGACUCAGCACCUGAGGACAAUGACCAGGCCCUUCUCCGGCACUUGCCUUUGUCACAAGCUAAGCUACAGGGCUGCACCUGUCACCAAGGACACUAAGAGAACAGUGAACUACCGGACUUCGACCUGGAGAGGCAGCCACUUCGUUCUGCGAUCCUGGGUCUCCCUGCUCCAGGGGUCAGGCUCCAUCAGGAUUCACCCAUUCCCAUCGCUUGCGACCUGACCACUCAGAUGAACCAAUCCUCGCCUGAGACCAGUUGGCAGCACUGGAGUGCAGCGAGGAGAGGGGAAGGGCCCUGCUGGGCUUCCAGGCUCGAGUGGCCUUUGCACUGAGGCCGAAGGAUCAAGAGAGGAGGAACACCCUGGGAGGCUGAGAACGCCCCGCUCUAGAAGACAUGGAUAUCCCUGCUCUGCUGUGUAUAGUCAGAAGAUAUUUAUAUAUAUAUAUAUAUUUUUUGUUGUUGCUUUGGUUGUCAAUAUUAAAUACAGACACUAAGUUAUAGUAUAUCCGGACAAACCAACCUGUAAAUACACCACCUCAGCUCUCUCUGCAACUGACUUCAACAGAUAUAAAAAUGGCUGGUUUUUAGAAA